AUGCCUAUUUGGUACCCUGAAAAGAUCAUAUCAGAGCAUAAUCACACCAGAAAUCAAGUCAGUCUGUUUGACAUCUCACACAUGGGACAAGCCAGUAUUGGCGGCGACAAUGCGGCACAGGCACUCGAACAGCUGAUUCCUACGGAUCUUGUGAGUCUGCCUACAAACAAAAUGCACUACUGCUGUUUGACAGACACGCAGGGUGGUAUUCUGGAUGACCUUGUCAUCGCGAAUCUGGGGCAAGAUUAUUUCCUCGUCAUGAAUGCUGCUCGUAAAGAGCAUGACUUGAAACAUCUGCGAGACAACAUAACCACAGCCGCAGUCGUUGAACAUACGGAAAAUGCGCUCAUCGCUUUGCAGGGUCCUAUGGCAAUCGAAGUUUUGAAUCGAUUUCAUCCACACAUCACCGAUUUGGAUUUCAUGACAAUUGCGGAUUUCGAGAUCAAUGGAGUACCUUGCUUCGUUAGCCGAUCUGGUUAUACCGGAGAAGAUGGAUUUGAGAUUUCGAUGCCCGCCAUAUCGGCGAUGGCGCUCGCGAGAACUUUCUUGAAUGAACCCGAAGUGAAGCCAGCCGGCCUCGGAGCACGAGAUUCACUACGGUUGGAGGCCGGGGUUGCGUUUGUACGGGCAAGAUAUGAAUACAGCAACUACGCCGGUCGAAGCGGGAAUUCAGUGGACAAUUUCAAAGUCUCGUCGUGCUGGCGGAGAGCGGGCCGGCGGAUUUCCAGGAGCAGGCCGCAUUUUUGA